AUGUCUGCCUUAAGGCGUUUAUCUUCUUCUUCGGAUUCUUCGGAUAUCCCAUCCUCUCAUAAAAGAAAGAAUGCAAGAUCAAAGCGCCCACGCAUUGAAAAUAAUUUGAGUGAUCCCGAGGAGGGUGAAAUUCCCAGUGAUACUGGGGAUGAGGACGACGGUUUGGACGAGGAUCUUUAUGGCGACGAAGAGGAUAAGCAACGACUACUUAAAAUGAGUGAAAAAGAGAGAGAAGAAGAGCUCUAUAGACGAAGUGAGUAUCGAGAAGCGCUAAAGAUUCGAAGGGAUGUCAAAAAAAGAUUAAAGGAACGCAAGGAGAAGGAGAGAGCUGAGCGUGUUGGAAAAGAACCGACUCAAAUUUCAUCAAAAAGUUCUUCAAAACCUUUGCGAAGUUCUUAUGCUAAGGUCUAUAGUUCAGAUAGUGACCAACUAGGGGAUUCUGAUGAAGCAGCCAAAAGCUCUCUUAGAGACCGUAAGCUCACUCUGGCUAUGCAAAAGGAAGGUCGCUCAAAACGUCUACAGGAGUUAGCUGAUAGACGAAAGGAACUUAAGAGUAAAAAAGAGGGCAUGUAUUCUGGUUCAGAUGACUCACAUUCAAAUCGUUCCUCGAAGCAGCAGUACGCUCGUAAUGCUAUUUAUUCCAGCUCUUCCUCCUGUUCUGAAGAUGAAGAACCUGCUAGAAAAUUGGAAAAGACUCAAAGAAGUGUUUCAAGCUAUUCCCGUUCAUCCUCUGCUCAUUCGAGUGCUUCCAGCGAUAACGAACGAGGUCGUAGCCGAUCUCCCGAAGCCGAACAAAUUGGUACUCUGGAGCAACUCAUGCAAGUCCGACUCACCCGUGAUAGACUCGAAACCUGGGUCCACUACCCGUUCUUUGAUGAACUGGUUAAAGGCUGCUUUGUACGAAUCCACGUUGGUGUUCAAAGUGAUGUCCCCAUUUAUCGAAUUUCAGAAAUUGUUAAUGUCAAGGAAAUGUCAAAACCCUACGAUCUUGGCAAAACUCGCACAAACAAGGGCUUGGUUCUUAGACGCGGGAAAGAUGAACAUACCUUCCGCAUUAUGUUUGUCUCAAAUUCCCGCUUUCUGCCCCAGGAAUUUGAGAGCUUCAAGCGAAUUGCUGCCCAAACCGGUAUGAGGUUACCUACAAUGGAUUUUAUUGCCAAGAAAUACAGGGAAAUCCAAAAAGCCAUCAAUGAACCUGUUUGUGAUGAGAAAGUCGUCGAGCAGAUUGUCCAAUCCAAACGGCGCUUUCGUAAAGCCCCGACCAACUUUGCGAUGCGAAAGGCUGAGUUGAUGAAACAACGAGAAGUAGCAAAGGAGAACAACGACGAAAAAGAAGUUGAGCGAAUUGACGCUGACAUAGAGGAAUUGGAAAGCCAAGCGGAGCGCAUUGAACGAAAACGCACGGUAGGAUUCAAGGAGAUUUCCUCAAUCAACCAGAAAAAUCGUGAACUCACUCUCAAGAGGGUUGAAGAGGCUCUUUUGAAAGAAGCUAGAGAGGCGGCGGAAUCAAAGGAAGAAGAUCCCUUUACGCGAAUUCAAUCACAACCUGUCAUUGCUAGCAAAGAAUACCUUCAACGGCUGAGGAAAGAAAGAGCCAUGGGCAAGGAUUACAGUUAG